AUGGCGAGCGGCGUAGACAGUCGACGCCCCAGCGAGGCCUCGAGCGAGGCGUCAAGCGAUGCGUCUCUCUGGGAAGACAUGGACGAUACCAACAGCGCAAUCGGCGCAAUCAUCACACCGCGUCUACAGAUAGACACUGCCUUGCCGACCGGUCCGGUCAUGGAUCAGCUCAUAACGGAUCCGCAUCGGAUCUCCUCGAUCGACACCCAAACCGACCGUUUACCGCGGCAGCAAGACAGCUUGACGCUCGAGCUCUUUCCGAGCGGCCAGUCAUCGGCGAAGCUGUCGGAUUCUCGGCCUCAUCCUCCAUCAUCGUUCGACUUUGACGCAGCAGCUGCGAUCGAGCCGUGGACUCAACCAGAUUUCAAGGCUACUCAGUACCUCAGGGACGAAUGGCUGAUUUCGGCUGGACAGAAGCAGCCCAACGACUUGGUGCACGACUUUGCGGCUCGCAGAGGCCAACAAGACCAAGCUUCGACGUCAAAAUGUCCUCGACUAGCACCAACAGAAAACAUACCGAGCAGCAACAUGUCGUCCUCCUCGAAAACAGCAUGCGCCACCCCAGCGCGAUCCGAUGUUCCAACCAACUCAGGGUCAACAGCGAAACGCGGUCGCUCGAGUCUGCUUGAUCAGCUCGAUGCAAUAUGCAGCAGCCCGUCGCAGCAUUUCAGCUCGAGUCCAACCACAAAUGCAAAUGAGCCUCCGCCUCCUUCAAUACCGAAAAGUGCAGGGUUGGAGCGUCAACCACUUGCACCAGCCUCCAGCAUCGCAUCCAAUGGCAGAGCGCCGUCCGUGCACCAAGUUUGCGAUGAAGACAGCGUCAUCGACGUGCUUGACAUGCCGAGCUCGCCGCCUUCGCAGCCAAUUCAACACAUCACACUGAUCAAGGACAUGCCGCAAGAACUGCAAAACAUCUACCGUCGUCUAGCGUUUGGAGGUAGUAACGGUGCCCCUUCGUCAACCAUCACGUCGACACCCCUCAAUCAUGGCACAACGGCACGAGGAACACGCGGCAAGACGUGGCAGACUACGUGGCAGCAUGAUGACCACGAUGCUCAGCAAACAUCCGGCGCUGCAGGUACGUCAAGCAAGUCAAAUGGCGCAGCCAGCACCUGCACCCCAAUCAGCUCCAGUCGUGGGCGCAAGACCACCAACUCGAUCGCAAGCAAAGCCACUCGGACACACAGUCGUGCCAGUUCAAGUCGAGGCAAAGGUCGUUUCUUCGCCGCGAAACCGUCGCGUGGGCGUGCGCGCGGGCGUGGACGUGGACGAGCAAGAGCAAGAGGCCAAUAG